AAUGUGGUAGUGCUUUCAAGAAGGUAAGGCAACACGUUCGAGAUGUAAAAAAAUCGGAAUAUACAGAAGUGUCAUCUAAGCAAGAGAUGGAAUUUGUUGGAACAGCCACACCCAUAAACAUAACUGUAACAGUCUCAGCUAGUGAAGAUUAUAGUAAAUCUCAACAUGAAUCCUCAAGAGUUCUGGACUGGGAAGAAGUGUGGCCUAAUAUAACAAAUGAAUCUCCCCUUAUUUUGUCUCACAUUCCUGAUGAUUCUUCAAUAUUGGAUGUUGAUUUGAGUGCUGAAAGUCAUCGGUGUUAUCCUGUUCUACCUCUUGCUCGAAUCAAGCAUGCCAGUGAUUUUACUGAUACAUUUUUGAUACAGGGGCCAGAAUGGUACAGUACAUGGUUGUCAGUACAAAGAGGUUUGCCUGUCUUCACGUAUCUUACACUUCUGCCCUUCACAGAUAUUGGUGGAACUCUGAGUGUCAAUAUACUCAUGGAUGAGCUGCUGAUGAAUGCAACCCGUCAGCUGAUAACAAUUGUGGGUUGUGUGAGUAAAGGCCGCCCUCCAGAGGUUAGAAAUGGCAGUCUUAUUUGUGAGGAGCAGCAGCUUACCCUCAAUAUUACCUCUUCCUCUAGAGCUACUGUGGAAGACUUUAUACUUAUACCAUUUCCAGAACCCGAUAUAUGGUUCUUGGCUCUUCAGAGUAUUUGCUACUACAAUGGGCAGAAGACUCCGUGUAUUGUAGACCAAGUGAUGGUUAGUAUUGACAUCCGUACCCAGCCAUGUGUCUUCACAGGAGAAAACCCCUGUGGCAGCCAUGGUCUAUGCCAGGAAACUCACCGUGGCAUGUUCUUCUUUACCAGCUGUGUAUGUAUGAAAGGUUGGAGGGGGUGGGGUUGUGAAGAUGGAGAAGCUGCUCAGGGCUGGGACACUGUCAUCACUGGACUGUGUUUGCUUACCCUUAGCAACAUAUUCUUCUUGCCUCCUACUAUUAUAGCUGCACGCAGACACUUGUACUCACAAGCUCUUUUAUUCACAGCUACCAUGAUAGCAUCAAUAUUCUACCAUGCUUGUGACAAUGAAGUGGUUGCGUAUUGUGUGACAAAUAUGGUGCUUCAGUUUACAGACUUCUUCUUCUCACUGCUUUUUUGGGUCACAGUUGUUGGUCUUGGUGGCAUUGAUGAAGCUUUUGUCCUGUUACAUACUUUGGGAGUUGUUAUUAUUGCUCCAGCCGUCCAAUACAGCCGCACAGCCCUUGCAUCAUUUACCGUACCCAUGGCUUUUGCAACUGCUGUACCAGUAUGUAUUAAGACAGGUUUAUAUGAUAGCUAGUCUUUUGCUUUUGUUAAAGUUAGAAAUUUUUCAGGUAUUCAUUCUCAGGUAAUGCCUUCAAGAGAAAUUCUUCAUUGUUUUACUGUACUCUGUUAUUUUUCCUGCAUUUAUAUUUAUUUCUAGAUUUAUUUUUUAACACACUGGCCAUCUCCCACUGAGGUAGGGUGACCCAAAAGAGAAGAAACACUUUCACCAUCACUCACACAAAAUAUAUAGUGGUCCUUGAGUAAUGAUAGUCUUGAGUUAUAAUAAUUUUUGGAUACAUUACUCAUACGGUGGUUGGCUCGUGUGGAUGGGCAUCAGCCCAGAGACAAGACAGGGUGAUAAAAAGGUCUUAAGGGGAGUGACGGUGGAGGGUGUGUAAA